UGGUACGUAUCACUGGUUACCUGUUCAACGUUUAUAAACACAAGGCCACGCCUCUUCCUUGUCAAAUAAGUACCGUAAUAUUUAUUUCUUGACGUCCCUAGAUUCACUGCAAUGUUUUUCAUCUUUCCUUGUCAAGCAAAUGGCAAGAGAAGCUUGUAAAUAAGCUGCAACUAGUUUUAUUGCGUACAAAACCAUGGGUUGUGCAGCUAGUCAUUCUGAUUCUGAUCAAGGAGGUCCAAACUCGAACCAUGACAUGGAAAAUCGUCUCGACUUGGACGCCGUCGCCGACAUCGUCAGGGACUUGUGCGCAGGUAAAGACUCCGAAAUCCCGUCGACAGAUCCUAGCCGAGCGUGGACCGAGGUCCUUUCCGAGCCCGUCUUCGGGCGCCUGUGCUCCUGUCCCCGGGGCACGACCGCGCCCGACCGGCUGUCCUCGCGGGACGGGAGGAAAUACGUUUUCGCCUUCGGUCCGGAGACCGUGUGCGGAACUCUGCUGAGAUUGAAGCCGUAUGAGAUGCUGGUUCAACUGGGCCUGAUCCCCCGAUACAUCUACUGGAAGGUGUACAAAGAAGAACUGCCGUGUUUCUUGGUGUUGUUCCGUCCGGACUUGGUCAAACCCGAGCCCGCCACUUGGGACGGCGUCAUAGCCUUCAUAUCCCGGCAUUACCCGCGCUGUGUGGACAAGGUGCGCGAGCAUUUACCUGAGAUCAAGAGGAGAUCAGUGGACGACUUUGAGAAAGACUGCAGCGUCCGUUUCAUAGACGCCCUGGAGAACCCCGGCGGGCCUGACUUUAUGACGUACGACCGCUAUGUGGCGCUGUCGGCGCCGCUGCCCUGGCAGACCCGGCUGUUCCUGUACUGUGAGCUGCGCCUGUUCGAACUCUUCACGGGGGAUGGGAGGACUAGACUUCACGAUGGAAGCCUGGGGGAGAUGGAGUACCUGUGUGAUAACGUGGCCCUGGCUGACUUUGGGGAAGGGAACUAUAAAAUCAUUCCCGUCACCGUUACUAUACCUGACGACGUUAUUCGGAAAAACGAGGACGAGGGUGAAAAGUAGCGUGUGUGGGGUCGUGUGGAGUAG